AUGGGUUCACCAAUCUAUGGACUCAUUGCCGAGGCCGUUCUGCAAAAACUCGAGAAACGACUGUUCGGGGAAUACAAACCCAAGUUUUGGGCGCGCUACGUUGAUGAUACCUUCGUAAUCAUCGAUAAGGAUAAAAUUAGCUACUAUGAAGAACUAUUGAACUCAGUCAUCCCCGACCUACAGUUCACGAUGGAAGAAGAAGUGGAGAGCAAACUUUCAUUUUUGAAUGUUCUCAUCUGCCGCCAACCAGACGGUAAACUGGCGACGUCAGUCUACAGAAAACCGACGAACACGCUGCAAAUGCUCAGUUACAACAGCAACCACCCAUUGCAACACAAACGAAACUGUGUACGCAGGCUAUACCGACGGGUGGAAACUCAUUGCAGCACUCCAGUCUCCAAACUGGACGAGAUGAAGCUCCUCCAAGAACUCUUCAGAGCCAACGGCUAUCCGCGAAAAUUCGUUGAACGGAGCCGAAAGCAACCAAGGAUGCGGAAUGAAGAACCUAUUCAGCCAAAAUCGUGGCGGAGCAUUCCAUACAUGAAAGGGGUCUCCGAAGCCGUAGCCAGAUCCCUCGCGCCGCUCGGAAUAGGCGUUGCCCACAGGCCCGACUCAACAAUCCGCCGGCAAGUGAUGCGGCCAAAAGACCCGAUCCCUAAACAGGAGAUGUCGGCUGUUGUCUACCGACUUCAGUGCAGCUGCGGAAUGUGUAACUACGUCGAGGAAACCGGCCGACGGCUGCAAACGCGCAUGCACGAGCAUAAGUUGGCCGUGCGAAGGUUGGACCCAAAGUCGGAGGUAGCAACCCAUGCCGCCCAAAUGGGACACGUCUUCAACUUUGACGCCCUUGAAAUUGUGGGCCGACGUGAUGAUCAUACGGCAAGGCAGGUGCAAAAAGCCUGGAUGUCUACAGACUGUUCUGUCAACCGCCACAUCAAUUUACCUCCCCCUUAUCGCAUUUUCACCACUAUUGAAGUGUUAAUGUACAUGUGCAACGAGGAACAGCGAAAAAUGACCUGUCUGGAUGGAUAG